AUGAAAUUAAGAAGAAAUUUGGAACCUAUAUUUAUUUUCAUGGAUGAGUUUAUUUAUGAAACAGCGUUACCAGUGAACUAAUUAAGCCUAUAAGUGGUGUAAGCGACACAACUUCAGAUUUUAGAAUUCAGUUGCUUAAUUAUAAUGCAAGGCAAAUUAUUCCUAACAUUUAAUGAUUAUCAUAAUAACCUAUAAUUAUUUGAGCAAAAAUUAAAAAAAGGGGAACAUCAAUUCGAUUAUUUAAGAUGUUGA